CUAAUCCGUCGAGUACUGCAGAGGCAAAAUAGGUGACCCUCCCAAGCAAGCAAGCUCUAUUCCCAUCUUUCUGUGAGUAUCGAACCCGGAAGAGAUGGUUAAGGGACACAGACCCUCGUCCAUCUGUGCCAACUUUAAUUGCCAAUGAGUGUAAACCACUCCAAAACAAGCCCAAAAGCAAAAAAAAAAAAAACGUUCUGAGGAGCCUUUUGCAGCAAAGGAGAGCAACCAUCUUCUCUUGUCUGCUCUCUGCUGUCACCGAAUUCUUUCUUCUUCUUUUCUUGUCUGCUGUCAAAAUUGAUGCAGUUCCGAUUUCCAAUCUAGCAAGGUUUUUCAUUCCUCAAUCCCUUCCAACUUUCAAGUACACAUUCUUCAUUUUGCUUUGGUUGCAGCUCUGAUCCCUAAAAUCAAAUGUUGCUUCGUCGAAUAAUAACGUGUCCUCACUCCAAAAGGAUGCUGUGCUCUUCCUCUUUUCCUUCUAUUAGCAACUGCGACUUCACAAGUGCCAUUCAUGAACUCAACAAGGAAAUGGAAUCUGUAUUCGGUGAGCCUCCUGGUGGGGGAUUGGCUAGCUCUGCAAGCAAUGUUCAUGUCAACAAUGAAUCAAAGAUGAUGAUGUCUCAAAAGAUAGAUGAAAAUUCUUUUGAAUUGACUCACACUGGCCAUUCAGGGGAAGCUCAAAUGGUGGAUGUGUCUCCCAAAGAAAGUACUAAGCGAACCGCCAUUGCCGGUUGCAAGGUACUUCUUGGAAAGAAGGUGUUCAACUUGGUCUCAGCUAAUCAAAUGGCAAAAGGGGAUGUGCUUACUGUUGCGAAAAUCGCCGGCAUAAGUGCUGCAAAGCAAACCAGCAGUCUGAUUCCCUUGUGCCAUAACAUAAACCUUACACAUGUGCAGGUGGAUUUGAAGCUGAAUCACGACGACUUUAGUGUGAUGAUAGAAGGGGAAGCUGCAACAACAGGAAGAACUGGGGUUGAGAUGGAGGCUAUGACAGCAGUUUCUGUUGCUGGGUUAACAGUGUAUGAUAUGUGCAAGGCUGCUUCAAAAGAUAUAGUCAUUACAGAUAUAAGGCUCAAGCAAUUUGUUUUGAGCAUUCCAAUGGAUUUCCACCACAGAAAGAGAAAGAAUCAUAUUUCUCAGGUAGUUUAGAUCCUCACCAUCUUAAUUCCACCUUUGAUGAAUCACAUUUUUGUAGCUGGCUUUUCUUUCCUUUCAUAUUUUGGUUACCCACAGAAUCAGGCCAAGUACUACUAAUCUGUGGCGAAUUGGAGUUUUAGGGUCUGCUACUGGUCAAUGGGUUGUUGCAUACAUAAAACGGAAUCCGGACCCCCGACACUUGCUUAAGCGGACUAGUGAGCUAACCAUUAAGCCAACCCAACUUGAUCUUUUUUUUCUUAUUAUAUAGAAUUAGAAUGCCAAUUUUGAGUAAGGUUUGAUCGAUUUUGAUUACCUCCAAUUCUAUUUUGCUUUUAUUUUUGAUUUAUUUAUUAAAUAUGUAUAAUAGUAAUAAUCUUGUGAUUAAUCAUGAUUCAGUGACUAAGAUGAUGUUAUAUUGUUAUGUCACGUAAUCAAUAGAUAAUCAAUAUAUGACUCUGCUGA